UGUAGUUUCAAGUUGACAUGUUAUACAAAGGAACCGAGAAUGACUGGAAAUAAAACUAAAGGCACGGAAGCAAAUUCUACUCUAACACUGCUGCAUUAGUCAGAUAAUGACUCGUUUGUAUUUUCAAGUUUUUUUUUGUGCAUUCAUAUUAGAAAUUGCACCCAAAUGCAAAGGUGCAGAGACUCUGUCGGCUUUUAAAGACGAAGAUGUGGCUCUGUCAUGUCUAAACUUCAACAUCACGGAUUCUCAGAAUUGCCACAGAAUCAAACUGACGAAGAAGCACCCAGGUGCCAACGACACAGUAGUAUUUGCGUAUCCGAAGAAAUCCCAGGAAGGCAAACACGUGAAACUGGAGGCAAACAAAAAAGGGCAAACGUGUGUUUUUUUGACUAAUCUUCAAAAAUCGGACGAAGGGACGUACGGCUUUGAAAUUUGGAAAGGAUGGGACAUGAUUAAUGUCACGAGCAUAUCACUGAAAAUAAAAGACUGCAGAACCCUUAAACAAGAGACGGCAAAACCCGGCGCACCCGUGAGGCUCAGCUGCUCGGUGGAUGCAGAAAAAGCCCCUUCCAACGUCACAUGGGCUAAGCUGAAAGGCAGCAACACUGUACCUGUUGACCCGCAAAGGGCUCAAACGCAGGGAGCGCUCCUGACCAUCGCCUUUGUGUCUGCCAACGACGGGGGCUGGUACAGGUGUGAUUAUAUCCUCGGACAAAGUCAGCGCUGUUCAAAGAUCAAUCUGCAGGUCAAAGGUCAUCAAGGAGAUGUGUUUGUGACCACAACAGUUCCAAUUCCUGCGUUUACAAACACCCAGCAAGUCUUUUCUCAGGUUUUGCAGAGUAAUGACAAAGAAGGAAACGAAACCUUCAGUCUGAUUGUAGGCCUGGUCAUUACCUCGAUUAUCACACUUGGAGCUCUUACAGGAGUGUUUUUUUACAAGAGAUACAAAACCCAGAGGAACCGUGCAGGCUGCAUUAGAGAGUCUUUGGAUGUGUAUGAGAAUGCAAGUCUUUCAUGUUCACCAGAUGCUGCAAACCGGGUCAACAGCUUGUAUGCAUACCCAGAUGAGAGUGUACGUACUUUUCAAAUAUAGGAAUAUUCUGACCACGUGCAGAAAACACUGAAGAUUUGUCUCCUUCCUGGCAGUAAAACCACUUACCCCGUUUGAUAGUAAUGCCAUUGUAUAACCAAUAAGUUUUACUGCCCACUUUAUUAGGUCACCUUGCCAGUACUGAGCUGGACCUCGUUUUGCCUUCAGAAAGAAGCUAUUCUUUGACGCAUAGCUUCAAUAUGGUGCCCCCAUCGGUGAACAUUUUUUCUGAGGUGGGUCGAUUGAGAAGUGAUUAAGAUUAUUUGAGCUUUGGGGCAUGGUGCGGUAUCCUGCCUUAAUCAGCCGUAAGAUGGGUAGACUGUGGUCAUUAAGGGAUGGACACGGUCAACAACUAUACUCAGCCAGGCUGCUGGCAUUUAAAAACGUACCGAGGGGCCCAAAGUGUGCCGAAAACACACCAUCACACCACCGCUGCCAGCUUGAUAACAAAAGGCAAGAUUUAUCCUUUCAUGCUGUCUGUGCCAAAUUCUGACUCCUCCAUUUGAAUGUUGCAGCUGAAAUCUAGACCCAUCAGUUCAGGUGGCAUUUUUCUCUUACUGUUUACUAUUGUUAUCCCUGCGUACUUGUGAAUCGGUGCUCUAUUUGUUGUUCAUUCAGAGAUCGUAAUCCUCAUUCUUUGCUUCAAACAAUAAGUUACUCGACCGACUGUUGCAUUUCUAUUGUCUCGAACCAGUCCACCCAUUUUCUUCUGACCUCUGACAUCAUCAAACCAUUUUCAGCUACCGCUCAUCGGAUACUUUUUCAGAUUAUUCUGUGUAAACCCGAGUUAAUUAUGCAUGAAAAACUCCAGUAGAUAAGCAGAACUAUGCCCCAGCUAACAUCACCUAAAUCAUCUUUCAUCCCCUCUUCGCCAUGUCUAGGUGCCUAAAUGCAUCGAGCUGCUACAGUGUGAUUGGCUGCUUAGUUUUUUUUUGUGUUAACGUGCAACUAGACAGGUGUGGCUAAUAAUGUGGCCAGUGACUAUAUUACAAAGUCUUGUGUUAUUAUCUUUUAAUAGGUUUCAUUUUGUACAAAGCAUGAAUGCAACAUUCUCUUGAACAAGUAUAUUUGCAAACUGUGUUAAUGUGUUAAGAAAUAAAACAAUUUCUGCAUUUAAAUAAA